AUUGACAGUCGCUCAGGUAUAUAAAAUAUUAUUUCAUCAUAAAAUCAAAAUCCAAGUCGCACUAAGCUCUCGUGGAUUCGCGCACGAAGGCCCAGAUUUCCACCGUACAAAAGAUCUUCCCAGUCGGCCACUCUCCGGUCAGAUCAAGUCGAUAACCGCUCGCAUCAGCACACGAUCUCCAGUUCAAAAGUUGAGCAGUGGCAAUCAGGUGCAAGUGCAAACACUAAUCAAGUUCAAGUGCAAGUCACAUAAGAAAGAUCAUUGGCAAUCAUCAGCAGUAAGACAUAGCAGAGCAAUGAGUUUCCUCAGUGCAUGCAGUUUGGCACGUAUUUAUGCCGUCAGUGGCCGUCAGCUGAGAACCGGUUUCAUUGCACGUGCUCAACAGCAGCAGACGGCAGCGUGCUCCUCAUCCAGUUCGGUGCAACCGAAGGAACCGCCGAAGACGCCAACCAGUCCCACGCAGGACAUCAACGUCAGCUCGCGAACCCAUCGUCCAAAUGACUUCGAGAAACGACUUCUAGUAUUCACCAAGAAAUACAAAACCACCGAUGAAAUCCCACAGUACAUCAAUCAAGAUGUGAUGGAACGAUGCCGCAACCAGGUGCGCAUAAAAAUCGCCAACUACAUGAUGCUCGCGACUGCCAUCGGGUGCAUCAUCAUGAUCAUCAGCGGCAAGAAGGCCCAGGAACGGGGUGACUCUGUGCAGAAGAUGAAUCUCGACUGGCACAAGGAGUACAACGAUAAGGCCCGGAAAGAAGUCGCAGAGGCAACGAAGAACUAAACCCGAGCCGGAGCUCCUAUGGAGGUGUUUCAAUCGAAUUGGGGUCCAGCUUGUGGACUGAAGAGUUUUAAUAUUACGCAUUGUUUACGCAUAUUCAAACACUUGAUCGUAGAUCUAUUAUGAAGCAGUAGAGACAUUUUUAGUCGCGAUAUGGAAUGGAGUAUACUCAGCGGUCGAGCGAAAUAAGUCACGAAAAAAGUACCACAGAGAUAUGAUGUAAAAAAAACAACUGAAUGACGCUUGUGAAAUAUAAUAUUCGCCGUUGAUAUUAAAACAAAAUA